AUGCACGAUUCGUCAACGAAUCCCGAGCUUGGCCGACUUCUCACCGAUCACAGGCGCGGCUCCGCCUUUGCCUUAGGACCCUCAGCGCUCUCCACCCCAGAUUCCCGCUCGUCGUCACUCUUGCCCAUUGCCAAAACCACAACCUCCCUUUCGCCCGGUGUCUCGCCUCUGCGAUUACGACUUGUCUCGAGCGUUUCUUCCCUGUUCAACCACCGUUAUCCCUGGCGCCCGCGGCCUUUUACCACAGCUGCAUGCACCAUGGCUGCCAACAAGAUCGAUGGCACAGCCAUUGCGAAGAAGAUCCGCGGGGAUCUGGCCGCCGAGGUCCUCGAGCGACAGAAAGCCAACCCCAGAUUCCAGCCCUCGCUGAAGAUUAUCCAAGGCAAGUACUCGGCGUGA